AGUCGUGGCAGCUCUUCAGCCUUGCACGUAAGUGGAGUGAAUAUUUCGCUGUGUGUGAAUUUACUUACUGGGUCGAUAACGAUAUCUCCCUCAUUGCCUCAGCUCUCAACGGAAACAGAACAUAUCCGUUCUAACACAUGUAUCCAUCCACACAAUCAAUCCAUUGCUGACAUUUUGAAUUCGUGACGCACAGGCUAAGUCAACGUCAAAAGUUUCUCUUGCUGAUGUCUUUGUAGGCUAUACCUAUUCACCACUCGUACAGAGAGCAAGGAUGACCUCGUUGAUCACCUACACUAGCCUUGGCCUGCUGUUGAUGUUUGGGCUACUGAAGACAACAGAGGGGAAGAAGGAUGAUAUGGUUUAUUGUUCAGCGUGCAUGGCAAUCGCUGAUGAGCUGAUUUAUUCAAUUAGCCAGACGGAUCCCAAGAAAACCAUCCAUGUAGGCGGGUUCAGACUUCAACCUGAUGGCAGUCUCUCUGAUAAGAAGGUCCCUUUUGCUAGGUCAGAAACUCACUUGACGGAGCUGCUGGAAGGAGUGUGCAACAGCAUGGGUGAUUAUGCCGUUCACGAGGAUCCAGAUACCAAGGAGAAGCUCUAUAAAAGAUUUGCCCCAAGGAGCAACGGCGGUGGGGAUUUCCCCGAUUUUAACAAUUUUAAGUUUGAUGGCCCGGAGGGUUCCAAUGCCCUCAAAUUUGCAUGUGAGACCAUUGUGGAGGAUCUCGAAGAUGAUAUCAUCACGCUUUUCGCCCGUGAGUCAGAACACGUAGCCAAGAAGCUGUGUAGUGAAAUCUCAGGCUAUUGUAAAGGGAUCGAAGCCUCACUACGCUCUGAACUGUAAAAUUACCUUCGGAUGGAGAACAAUGCAUAUGCUGUCAUCAGAGGUACAAAAUGGCAGUGAGAGUGCUCAGAGACUGUGGACGAGGGUAUAUGAUUUUGUUAUAUUUUACUAUGAAAUGUGCUUUCGAAUACUAUUUUUAUUCAUUGGUGUGAAUGUCUUUUUGUAAAAUGGAAAUGACUACUACUAUGCCUUAAAAAGCGUUCUUGGUGAGAGUCGAGAAAGUGCUGUUCAUUGGUUGUUAAUUAGCUGUUCGAAAUGUGCACUCUGUGGAAUGCAGUGGUUUGACCAAUGCUGUCAAAACUAGUGUAAACCACCACUUAUUUGCUCCCUCAUUAGUGAAAUUGAUACAGUUGGAUCAUGAUUAAAUAUUACAGUUUAUGCAUUUUUGUUCACUAAUGUAAUGAAAUGGGCUACACUGUUGCUAGUCACCGAUUGUAUUGUGUUCUUCAAACAAUUCCUCUUUUUUGGAAAAUGUAAUUCCCCCCAACUUACAGUGUUGGUGCGUAUUUUGAUAAACUGAUAACAUUUUA